CCUCUCUGAUGAAGGGUCUAGGCCCGAAACGUCAGCUUUUGUGCUCCUGAGAUGCUGCUUGGCCUGCUGUGUUCAUCCAGCCUCACAUUUUAUUAUCUUGGAAUCUCCAGCAUCUGCAGUUCCCAUUAUCUCUGAUGGGUUCUUUCCGGUUGCGGCAGAUGAUUAGCUCCAGGCGCUGACGAUCAGAGCGGGCGGCACGCCAACGCAAUACCGGUCGUCUAUUGGCCCACCCCGUCAACCGCGUUGCCACUUGAUUGGCUUCUAGUACUGUCCAUUAUAGCAUCAUGACAUCAUUGCAGAAUACCGGGUUCUGUGGACCUGCUACGCAUCACCUUACACCUGGGAGCGUGUCUCCCUCCUUAUAAACUCACCGUGAAGAGAGUCCACAUCAUAAAAGUGACUGACCCAAAUGAGUGCACGUCCUGCCAUUUCCGCUCAUCCCAAAGAGAACACGGGUCAGAAUGGAGUGAGCAGAAUGCAGCUACAGGGUAAUGACAGUGGCAGCGUACAGCAAGUCCCGCAAAUCCAUCCACUCAGCCCCUCGGGGGCUGGCAAGGCCAUGGCACCCAGCAAACAGAACAAGAAGAGUGUGAGCUACAACAAGGAGAGCGAAGAGUACCGACAGCGUCGGGAACGCAACAACAUGGCUGUGAGGAAGAGCCGAUUAAAGAGUAAGCAGAAAGCUCAGGACACGCAGCAGAGAGUCAAUGAGCUGAAGGAGGAGAAUGAGCGGCUGGAAGCAAAAAUCAAGCUGCUCAGCAAGGAGCUGAGCGUCUUAAAGGAUUUGUUUCUCGAGCAUGCCCAUAAUUUCUCUGACAGUGGGCACCCACCAUUUACUGAAAACACUGGCUCUGGGCAGGAGGCUAACAGCCUAGGGCAGUAGACAGGGAAGUGGGUGUCAACUGUGCCCAGAUUUUUGCAGAAAGGGGUUUUUCUUUGAAUUGUCUAUUUUAAUUUAAAUUUUUAAAAUCAUAUAUUUCUGCUAUUGGUAAGAGCAUUACGUUCAGUGAUCCUGUGUUUGGAGAGUAUUCAGAGUUCUUAGAGUGGAGAAAAGCAGCAGUUUACAAAAUGGACGCCGCAGAAACUAAAAGUGCCCUCAAACAGCUACUGAUGUCACCAGUGCUGAUUCAGUGCAGGAAAUGCUCCAUCUAGCUGCUGGGGUCUCUCCCCAACCCCUUUGCUCCUCUCUUCAGUUCUCUGUCUGUUGACGUUGAGCUGUGAUCUUGUAGAAAAGACUGUGGGUUUCCACUAUCAAACUUGCUAAGCGGCAGUUUCACUGUGUUUAUUUCAUUUGGUUCGGGGCGUAGAGUGCUGGAAUGUCAAGGUCUGGCAGCGAGCAUGGGCCUGUUGACUUGAGAAAUGUUGUUUAAACAGUUAGUAGCAAUACCCAGCAGAGUCAGAAAUGUAGAUGCACAUUAACAUUGUGGGUAGUCCAUUUAUCACACGCUCAGGAUUUGAAUUGGUUGCAGGGGGGUUUGGGAGAUUUUGAAGUCUGACAGAGACAGGUGGGAUUUGGUGUGGUUCCUGCCUGAAACACUAGCCUUGCUAUUAUUUUUCUGUCUGGUUUGCUGGCUGUUUGGUUUUCCCUUCAGUUUCAGAAGGCAGCACUGUUGCUUACUUUAGAGGAGUGCACUAAUUCUGUUCCAGAGAAUCUCAUGAGGGCAAUUUCAGAAUUUGUGUUCAGUUUUAUAAAGUAGAUAACAGAACAAGGGAAGUAGUUUUGAGCCAAUUUACACAGUUUAAAUGUUGCCUCCUCCUUGGGACUGCCUCUAUUGCCUUGUUUCCAUCCAGAUCAACAUUCCAGAGUCUGGAAUUAAUCACAGCUUCUGAUCACAGUCUCCUGCUCAGCAGCCCUUCACCCUCGUUUCCUGCCUGUCUCUAUUCUUUUUGUUGCUGGGAAUCACUGUGCCCCUUUCUCAUCCACCUCACCUUCCCCCAUUGCUGCUCUUCACUGGCCUCAUUCAUGACUAUGAGGUAGCAACAAGGGAGAUCCCAUUGGAUUGGAAUCUGUCAUUUUUGUGCAGUUACCUGGCAUUGCACUGUAGCUGCUGACAAACUGUGCCUGUGAUAGACUGCUCGAGCCUCGAUCUCCAUCUCCCAUUACAUUACAUUCACAAUUAUUUGCAAGGUUGCAUUGUGGAGUGUUCCCAGAUGUUGCAUGUAUGGAACACUGUUUAUAGAAAUUCUUUGCACAUUUGCCUUAGCCCUUCUAUUUAAUAGAAUAUUCUGGCUGCUGAAUUGCAAGUGGCAGGUCUCAGAAUAUAAUCCUCUUGCACAUCUCUCUCAUUUAUUGCCUGCUGUGUAACUCUCACUAAAAGAAUCAGCACAAAUGUCUCAAUACACAGAUUUUAUGCACACAUUAUGAUUUCUUUAAACUGCAUUGGCCCAGUAAUAUCCUGCAAACAACAAUGAGGUGAAUGAGUUGUCUUGGUUGAGGUGAGAGACCCCUGAUUUUCUGUGAAUAAUAUCAGAGAAUUCUUUCACAUCAAUCACUGAUAAAGUGGGCCUCCAUUUUUAACAUUUUAUCUACACCUUUCGAACUUGGAACUGCUACCAUCUAGAAAAAUGAGAGCAGUAAAUACAUUGCUGCAGUACACAGUAAUAUUCAGAAAAUAUACACUCCAUUUAUUCCAAAGGCAGUGCUCAAAGCUGAGCAUGGUUUCAGUUGGACUUUGAACAGCUGAAGCAUGACAUUCAGUCCUCUUGUUCUUGUCUCAAGUUGUAAAAGUCAGCAUUUCAAUCACCUGUUUCAAUAUUUCCUUUAUCUACUCAUUACAUUUUAAUGAGCUUUACCAUUCCUAAUUGUUUCCAGCUUUCCAUCAUUUUGAGAAUCUCCUGUUCUUUUCAUUUUAGGUUUAAUUAAAGUGGAUGAGCUGAUGAUUCAGACUAAUUUCGCUCUGCUUCCAGUGCUGCCUACCUUUGUGUCAUGAUCAAAUCUGUUGAUAUAGCCUUCUACCCCCAUCAUCAAACCCUGCUCUGAUUGCAGUGAAGAGUUGAGGCCACUAGUCCCUGCAGGAAGAGCUCAUCAGCUUCCUUCCAAUCAUAGUAUAUUGUCAAUCCACCCUACUCCAGCUGACGGCCAAUUUCCCAACCAGGUCAAUAUUGAAAUCUUCAAUUUCAUGAGCUCCAACUUCAGCUGGGUCUCUUAUGAGCAACCUUAUCAAAUGUCUUCAAGAUUACAUUGCCUGUAGACAUUAACCUUCAUGUACUUUAGAACGACCUCUUCAAGCAGCUAAAUCAGGUCAGUCAGGUAUGACUGUCCAUUUCAAAUCCUUGGUGGUUCUGUCAGAUUAGCUGUUCCGUGUGAUUUCAAUCACAUUGCCUCGAAUUCUAGACUUGAGUAAUUUCCCGAUAGCCGCUGUCAGGAAACUCUGGGCUGGAAUUCCUUGGCUUCUAUUCUUCUUUCCCAAAUAGCAGAGCGACUUGUGCAAGUUUCCAAUCCAAGGGAAAAUUGGAGAACACUUUUCAAGGUUAUAAUUGGGGCAAAAAGAAAGAAAAUAGAUACAAAGGAAUAUACUUCAUAGAAUGUCUGUUCUCCUUUCAAUUAGAAGUCAGAUUUUUAAAAAAAUCUAGUGUACUAAUUUUCCAGCAUGUUUAUAAAUCAAUUUUUCAAGUUGUAAUUCAAAACAGCAAAGGAUAUUGGAGAGUUGAGGGGUUAAAUGCUGUGAUCUUGCUGAAUGUGCCACAGUAUUUUUGUUUCUAGAAUGAAUGACUUACGAAAUUAGCAGUGACAUUAUUGCAUUUUUUAAGAAAGUCCAACUUUAAGAUGGAACACACUUUAUCUAUAAUAAUAGGAAGAUGUGUUUUCUAAUGUACUGAUGAAAUAUUUGUGUGUCUCUGUAUGGGGCCCUAUGAUAAAGUUAUGUUGCUAUAUAGGAAAUUCUUUUUAAAUCUUGUUGAAAAGGUAAACCCUGUACAUUUUCUGCUGCAUUAAGGGGAAUCUUAUGGUUGUUGAAAAAUGACAUUUUGUAAAGACAGUUAUUGAAUAAGUAUUAUGCAUUUUAUAAAUGUCCUGCCUAUUUUCAGCUUGCUGAUUUAGUUUCUCUUCAGUUGUGGAGUGAGCAGAGCCCAAUGCUGUUCAUUGAUGAGUUGUUUGAUGAUGGAGACAAAUGUUUUCUUUACACUAAGUGGAAUGAAUGUUGUAGAAGAAGAUAUUCUCCCCCUCAAAAAACACAAUUUCCUCUAAAUUCACUGACAUUUGCAAGAGCGCAGCCAUCAAUGUACUAAAACUCCUUUUUAUCGAGUUUUGAGAAGAUUUGUAGCUCAGGUUGAGGUUCUAGAUGUGAGUUUGCUCGCUGAGCUGGAAGGUUAGUUUUCAGAUGUUUCAUCACCAUCCUAGGUAACAUCAUCAGUGAGCAUCCGACAAAGGCGCUGGUGUUAUGUCCCGCUUUCUAUUUGUCUGACAGAUAAAAUACAGGCCGGUCCCUGUGCUCAUGCUGUGUACUAUGUUGAAGUUCAGAGUGUGCCGAAUGGAUAUGACUGGAUUUGCCAGGAUUGGAAUUCUACAUACAGCCUUCGCAUGCCCUUACUGUACCUGACUGCAGCAGGAAUCCUGGGAGACAGUGAUGGAUGUAGUUAGAGGGCAGCGGACAGAAAGGAUCAGGCCAUGCUGAAAGGUUGGUCAAGUUAAGAGGAGGGCUGUGUUGUUCAAGGAUCGCAAGGGCUGCACAGGAGAAACCUACCAACCACAGCACAGUGUUAACAGCUGAAGAUAGAGGAAGUAGUGGGGCCCAGGAGAAUGUGUCCUGUGUAUCAAAGCGUCAGUUUGUUUUUUUGGCGAUAGGUCAUUUUUAGAUUUGAACACGUAGAAGGAGUGAGAUGCCUCAAGCACUUCUGGAAUGUUUUUCUGAAAAUCACCAUUGAACAGCAAAGACGAAGACCUGCUGUGUCAAAUGCAGCAAUUCAGCUAAACAACAAAACAGUAAGCAGAAAGGCUGCAGCUCCUCCUGUACUCUCACCACUGACACUACCAUUCAUUGAAUCUCCUUGUACAGCCCAAGAGCAUUUGAUCCUACCAUAGACCCUCUUCCCCUUCCCAUUUGAACUCCUCCCACAGGUUCUGAACAUUCUCCCACACAGAGUUUCACCCCUUCAUACUCCACAUUCACCAAAAACAUUUCCAGAAUACUGAGCUGCCUCUUGUGGCCAACUGCAACAAACAUUGACACCUUGCCCCACUGUAGUUCCACUUUCACUGUUGUGGGCCAACAGUAUUUCCCUGAGCUCUUGUCUGGUACAGAUUCUGUCUUCACCACCCCAUUGCAGGAGCAGUCUGUUACGGCAGUGCUGCCUUAAAUAUAUAUAAUAUUUUAUAUAACGGCCCCUUCUUUUGUAAGGAUAAAUUUUGGUAUCCUUUACUAUUUAAUGAUGUCAGAAAGUACUCCUUUUUAAUAGAGGGUUGUUUUAAACCUUGUGUUAGAACCAAAUGCUUUUCUGUGUAGAUGCUACUAAAAUAAAAAUCAGAUGUUGAUGUGAUGUUGCAUACCAGAAUGAAAUGCUCAGGAUAUUUCAUGCUGAAAGAUUUGAAUCUCUACACUUACUUUAUACACUGCAUUCAUUUAACAGCCAAUACUGCAGUCUUCAGUCAUAAGAAUGAAGAUUAAAACUUUAAUUCUUU